CGCAAGCCUCGUCACUACUCCUUUCCCUAUCUGCCAUGUUUGUUCCGAUUUCUGAAAGGGGCUUGUGAGGCUGGGCUGAGUCUAGGUAGGUACGCAAUACGCAUGACAGACAGUUGGGGAACCCUUUGACUGUGAUGUUGCAAUGCGAUAGUCCAGAUGUGCUGCUAGUCAAGGUAGGGUAUAGAAGACAGAAGCCUACCCACUCCGAAUACUGUGCAUACGGUAUGUAAGAAAACGAGGAGUUCAUCUCUAGGUACCUCGCCAUUCCUUCCCGCCCACUCACCUUUACUGUCCAGAACUUGGAUCCGCAACACAUCUCUCUUUCCCGCCUUGGCUGCUCCGCUGGCUUGACGGGGAUAAGAUCUUGGCGUUCUGGUCGUUUCAAGGGCUCCCUGGGCGACUUUAGUAAAAAGCCAACGCUUCCGCACCCUGAAUGUGGCAGCAGAUAUAUCUACCUUAUGCUUAGUUCGUCCUACUGUUUAUUAGUUCCCGCACCCGAAGAAAAAAAAAGGCACGAGGACCGCCCCUACCCUAGGUACUCUCAGACCUACCUACCUCUGACAGCCCGUAUCUACAACACUUGCACGACAUUAGGCUGGUCUCGAACGGGAAGGAGCCAUCGCCUACAGAAACAAUUUGACUCAGCCGCCUUGCUGUUUUUGACAUCAUAUAUUGGGGAGCGUCACCUUAUCUCGUUUCUCUUUUGAGAUAUCCGCGAACCCUUUUGGAGCAUCACGCGCCAACAACUUGGAACUUUUUUUCACCUUCCGCCCCUCCUGUGUGGCAUGUCACUCUUUUGACCACCAUUCAUACCAACAGCUCAGCCUAUCCAUUGACCAGUUUCGCCCCCUCAUAUUCUUCUAUUGUUCUCUUUGUUCUCUCGAUACCCCUUCAGCGACAUUUUCUGGCGGAAUUUGCUACGUUUGUAGCACCCCAACUGGCCUCACCUACAAAACCUCGACCCACACAGGGCAACUUUCUAAGCGCACACCAGGAUCGACCGGCUUCUAAUUCCUUGGUCGGGUGAAGGGACCAGCGCCUCCUGGUUUCCUGCGCAUUCAAAAUCUGUAACAAUGAAACUCUCAAAGAGUCUCGCCAUUUUAUUGCCUUUACUGCAGGUCACAGCAGCACUCCCACAACCAGACCAGCCUCACUUGGGGAAGGUGUUACGAGCAGAAGAAGCAGCGCCAGUGGCUCCAGGAGGUCAAGCGCCAGCGUCUGCACCGAAAGCACAAACGGAGGAGAACAAGGAGGUAAAAGAGCAGAAGAAAGAGAAGCCUAAGGAGAAGAAGAAAGACAACAAGUACUUCCACGAGCCGGGCGGUGAUGAGGUCCUGGGCCACUACGACAUUCGGUACUUCAAGGAGUUGGUCCCGUACGAGGAGCACCGGCCAGCAUUGCGACACUUGAUUCGAAGCUAUUUGACCGUCUUCAGAGAACUCGGCAUCGAGACGUGGAUAGCGCAUGGCACUCUCCUCGGCUGGUGGUGGAACGGGCGCAUCAUGCCUUGGGAUUACGACCUGGACGUUCAGGUCUCAAGCGCGACCCUCUACUAUCUAGGCAAGCAUUACAACAGGACCACCCACGAGUACUCGUACGUCGAUCCCGUUGACGGCCAGACCCACAACAAGACGUAUCUCCUGGAUAUCAACCCCCACCACAUCGAGCGCGAUCGCAACGACGGUAUGAACGUUAUCGAUGCGCGCUGGAUCGACAUGUCUAAUGGCAUGUUUGUCGACAUCACCGGAUUGGCUGAGCGUGAGCCUGGAAAGAGCCCGGGAAUCUGGAGCUGCAAGAACUACCACCGAUACCGAACGCGCGACCUGUACCCGAUGCGAGAGUCCGAGUUCGAGGGCGUGCCGGCCACAAUUCCGUAUAGCUUCGAUCGUAUUCUUACUGAAGAGUAUGGUAUGAAGAGCUUGGUGACUACCGAGUUCAUGGGUCAUCACUGGGAACCGGAUCUGAAGGAAUGGAUUCGGGUGCAGAAGCCCGAUGGCCCCAAGGUCUAAAACGAACACACUACGUGCGUACCGGGUUGUCAGGGGACAAAUCCUCCCUCGCCGUUGCCGGGCGCAAUCAAAACCGACAUAUUGCCCACGCUGGGCCUUUCCAAUCAGCGUCGCUACGAAAGCGAUAUACCAAGACCUGGGAUCAGGCACACCCAUCUCGUCGUGGAAUCUUGCAACCAUCGAUGGGAAAAUCUACCUCAAGCCAAGGGGAAGGAAUAGCCGCCAGAUGCGAGCGUCAGAUCUCCAUCUUGGCUGGGUAAAAGGCGUUAAAUGAACAUGAGCAUUUACAUGGCGUUAAUUGUUGGAUCUGUCAUCAAUCGGUUCUUUUAUCAGCAUCAAACCCAAUUCAUAACAGAAACAGUAUGAAUAUAGCAUUUGUAUGCACCUUUUUCACUUUUGUUUUUAAUUUCUUUUGUUAUUCAAGACUUUGAUCAGGGCAUAUUUAGCGUAUUACGUGCCGGGUUUUUCUAUACAUGUAUAUAUUUCCCUAUUCAAAGGAUGAGGACAUACAUGCAAAUGUUCUGUGAAAGGACUACCUGCUGGCGUACUUGACAAAAGUUUUGAGAGUGGGAAGGGUUAUCACCGGGUGCUCGCGACCCAGACAGACAUUACCUGUGAUCUGCUGGAUCCUGACAACAUAGAGAUAUAGAUGGGUUCUUCAAUCCGGUCAAAUACUACACGUAAACCUGAUAUACGCUUAGCCAACCACUUCAUGAGUAGCGUAUCCCUUCUUGAGGCGCAUGGUACUAAAGACUGAUAUAUCACAAUAG